AUCAUUAUUCUAUAACUCGGUUUACUUUCUUCUUCACAAAAGCUCAUCAAAAAGCCACUUUGCAAUUUUCACAGUCACUCACAGGCUUUCUGGGGAUACUGUGCAAAUAGCAUCAGCCAUCACAGUAAGAGUCAACCGUCCCUUUUUGGAUCCAUCUAUUUGUAAGGCUUCCAAUAGUCCACACGUUACGUUUUAUCUUCACCUUUUCCCCUUACACUCUCUCUCUCUCUCUCAUCAUUUUCUGUACAAAUCCAUAACCAUUUUCAUUUUCUUCAAUCUCUCACCCUUUUCCUUAGCAUAAUAGUGGCAUACUGUUAUUCUAUUACAAAAGUCAAACACGAAGCUUUUGAUUAAAACUAGAGUGUCACUUUUUAAGAGCCUUCAUAGAUUAAAUAUAAUCAUGUUAUUUGAUUAAAACUUUAAUUAAAAACUGCAUCUUUUUCAUUUUUUUUCUGUCUUUUUCCUUUUAGGCUUUACAAGAGUCAAGCAUGCAGAGAAUGAGGCACACACACACGCAAAGACAGUAGGGUUCUUAUAUCCUUUUUUCCAUUUAACCCCAAGCCAAUGGAUUGAAGCUACCAUUCAACUGUGUCUGUGCCACAAAGUGCCACUCUCAAAGGCUCACUGCUACUAAGAGAGGAAUAGAGAAAGAAGAAGGAAGCUGCUGUAAUAGCAUAAGGGUUUCUAGGCUUCCGUUCUUUCUUUCUCUACAAAUAAUAGAAGAAAAGAAAAAGACAGUAUUUUUUUUUUUCUUUCUGCUACAGAGAGAAAGCUGAGACAUUGGGGUUUUAUCCUUUUGUCUCCUCUAUCUCUCUGUCUCUAUUCUUUCCCCCCUUACCUUGAAAGUUUCUUCUUUGAUCACUCUCCCAGAGUAUAUAAGUCUCCUUCUGACCGACCCACUUCAUCUUUUGAGUCUUUCUUGAGUUUCAAAAUUCUGGGGUAGCCAAUUGACGCCUAAAUUCUCACUGAUGAAGCAAUUCGAUGCUUAGGGAGGAGUAGAAGAAGUGGGUUCAAGGGGUUUCAGGGUAAAAAAUUUAGGCUUGUUCGGGUACUUGUGUUGAAGAGAAAAGUGGCUUCUUUGAUGAGUUUUGGGGGUUUUCUUGACAACAAAUCAGGUAGUGGCGCAGCCAGACACGACCUUUCGGAUAUUCCUUACAACAACGUUACCACCACCAACCAUACCAACACCAACGACGACGAUAGAAUGCCCUUUGGUGCAAUCUCUCAGCCCCGCCUGGUGACCACCACCACUCCAACCCUGGCCAAAUCCAUGUUCAACUCCCCAGGACUAUCUCUGGCACUUCAAACCAAUAUAGAUGGACAAGAAGAUGUGAAUAGAAUGGUCGAAAAUAGCUUCGAACCAAACGGUUUGCGAAGAAGCAGAGAGGAAGAGCAUGAAAGCAGAUCUGGCAGCGACAACAUCGACGGCGCUUCCGGCGAUGAACAAGACGCCGCCGACAAGCCUCCGAGGAAAAAACGCUAUCACCGACACACCCCUCAGCAGAUACAAGAACUUGAAGCGUUGUUCAAGGAGUGUCCUCAUCCAGAUGAGAAGCAAAGACUCGAACUCAGCAAGAGGCUGAGCUUGGAGACUCGACAGGUGAAGUUUUGGUUCCAAAACCGGAGAACCCAAAUGAAGACCCAGUUGGAGCGGCACGAGAACACGUUGCUGAGACAAGAGAACGACAAGCUGAGAGCGGAGAACAUGUCUAUCAGGGACGCAAUGAGGAACCCCAUGUGCUCCAAUUGCGGUGGCCCUGCCAUCAUCGGCGAGAUUUCGCUGGAGGAGCAGCACCUUCGGAUUGAGAACGCGCGGUUGAAGGACGAGCUCGAUCGCGUGUGUGCACUCACGGGCAAGUUUCUGGGUCGCCCCGUUUCUUCGUUACCGAAUUCAAGUUUGGAGCUUGGCGUUGGGGGGAACGGGUUCGGUGGAAUCAGCAUUGGCACCACAUUGCCUUUAGGACAAGAUUUUGGAAUGGGAAUGUCGAUGUCUGUGUCUAACAACCCUUUGGCUAUGGUGUCUCCCUCGAGUACCAGACCAACUUCUGUUGUGGGUGGGUUUGAUAGGUCCAUGGAGAGGUCCAUGUUUCUCGAGCUUGCUUUGGCCGCCAUGGAUGAGUUGGUGAAGAUGGCUCAAACUGGGGAGCCUCUUUGGGUGAGGAAUGUUGAAGGUGGGAGGGAAAUCAUGAACCAUGAGGAGUACGUGAGAACCUUCACUCCUUGUAUUGGUUUGAGACCCAAUGGGUUUGUGUCUGAAGCAUCUAGGGAAAAUGGAAUGGUCAUUAUUAACAGUUUGGCACUUGUUGAGACUCUCAUGGACGCGAAUCGAUGGGCAGAGAUGUUUCCUUGUAUCAUUGCAAGAACCUCCACUACUGAAGUGAUAUCUAACGGGAUAAAUGGAACAAGAAAUGGAGCACUUCAAUUAAUGCAUGCUGAACUUCAAGUUCUUUCGCCUUUGGUUCCUGUUCGUGAGGUCAAUUUCUUAAGGUUUUGCAAGCAGCACGCAGAAGGGGUUUGGGCAGUGGUGGAUGUGUCCAUAGAUAGCAUCAGAGAAAGUUCAGGAGCAGCAUCAACUUUUGUCAACUGUAGGAGGCUUCCUUCUGGUUGUGUUGUGCAAGACAUGCCCAAUGGUUACUCCAAGGUGACAUGGGUGGAGCAUGCAGAAUACGAUGAGAGCCAAAUUCAUCAGGUUUAUAGACCACUGUUGAACUCAGGCAUGGGGUUCGGUGCUCAGCGUUGGGUGGCUACCCUUCAACGCCAAUGCGAGUGUCUUGCUAUCUUAAUGUCCUCAGCAACACCCUCUCGAGAUCAUUCAGCAAUAACGGCGGGGGGAAGGCGGAGCAUGGUGAAGCUGGCGCAGCGAAUGACCAACAACUUCUGCGCCGGCGUGUGUGCCUCCACGGUGCACAAGUGGAACAAACUCAAUCCCGGGAACGUGGAUGAGGACGUGAGGGUGAUGACGCGGAAGAGCGUGGAUGAUCCCGGCGAGCCGCCGGGGAUUGUGCUGAGCGCCGCCACCUCCGUUUGGCUCCCCGUGUCGCCGCAGAGGCUCUUCGACUUCCUCCGGGACGAGCGCCUCCGGAGCGAGUGGGACAUACUCUCCAACGGCGGGCCCAUGCAGGAGAUGGCCCACAUCGCCAAGGGCCAAGACCACGGCAACUGCGUCUCUCUCCUGCGAGCCAGUGCCAUAAACUCCAGCCAGAGCAGCAUGCUGAUACUACAGGAGACAUGCAUAGACGAGGCGGGAUCACUUGUGGUGUACGCGCCGGUGGAUAUCCCAGCCAUGCACGUGGUUAUGAACGGUGGUGAUUCGGCUUACGUGGCAUUGCUGCCAUCGGGAUUUGCUAUUGUUCCAGAUGGGCCAGGAUCUCGUGGGUCACAGAACGGGCCUACUGCCGUAAGUAACGGUGGUGAUAAUGGUGGGACGCGUGUGAGUGGGUCCCUGUUAACGGUGGCGUUUCAGAUACUUGUGAAUAGUCUUCCUACAGCGAAGCUCACAGUGGAGUCCGUGGAAACUGUGAACAACCUCAUAUCAUGCACCGUUCAAAAAAUCAAAGCUGCCCUGCACUGUGAAAGUUAA